AUGCAUCGUCCGAUGUACAGUUCGUUUUCUAUCGAUGCCUUGAUGGCACCCCAACCAAGACUGCAUCCCCCGUUUUAUUAUCCGGGGUACAUGUUUAUGCCGCCCUCAUCGCUUCCUCAAGGUGGAAUGCCAGAUCCCCGGGCGAUGCCUUUGACUCAUCCGAUGUUCGCACAAGCGCACCUGCUUCCACCUCAUCCUGGUGCCGAUUAUCUAUUCAACUCCGGGUUUUCUAAUCAUGGAAUCAAAGACGGUAGUAUAUCUGGAAUAAUUCCUAAACCGGGUGCUUUAAAUCCUGAAAGAAGUUUGUCUGUGAGUCCUGUAAAUAGUGAAGAUGGUGAUGACGAUGUUCCUGACAGAUCUCGAGGCCUGAAGAAACAUUGUAUAUACACGUGUACUAAACUUUGCCUCAUUAAAUUACAAGUGAAAGUAAAAGAGAGGUCUCUUUAUCUUUAUCCAUAUAUAUAUAUUACUACUGUUAUAUAUUACUUGGAUUAA